ACCAUUUCCGGCGUAUCGCCAUUUACGAUAAAUAGAGCGGGCGGAUUCUUUACGCGCGCCCACGUACGUAUACAUUCACGCGCAGAUACGCCGACGGAGAUAAGCCGAGGCAGACAGAGACGGAGAGAGCUGGGACCAGACCCAGGCAAGUUUCGACGCUAGCGUGACUUGCCUGCUUCUCAUCAGACCCAUCAUCCAUCAUGGCAGGUUAUAAUCCGUCGGGCGGCAGUGAUGCAAACGGUCUGCAUGCGAUGCUUGCUCGUUUACAGGUCCAACGCCAGGCGCAGAACAGUGACGACCCUGCCGCCCAUGAGCUUCUCUCGCGAUUUAAUUCCUACAAUCAAGGCGCCGGCAAUUCCAAGGAUUACUAUGGUUCCGAGUCUCUGACUGGCCUAGACGACUUUCCCCCUCCAGCUCCCACUCCGCCGACCAACUUUAGCCACCCGCACCAAGGCCCACCGCUGCCGCUGGGUCCUAUUGGCACCAUGCCUCCCAACCCCGCCAGCAAAGUUGAUCAGAGCACCAACUUGCUGAACCUGCUCAAGUUCAGCAGCAGCGGACAGAGCACCCAGGCCCCCUCUCACACUUCGCCGCCCGCCCAGUCUCGCGCGAGCUCGUUCGAUGUAUCUACUCCAAGUCAUUCCCAUACUUCCAACCCUCCUCCAAUUCACGCGCCCGUGCCCAUGCCUGCCGACCCCCAAGGCCUCCUGGCGACCCUUAUGAAGGGAAACGCCCAGAAUGAAUCGUCGCGAGCCGAGCCCCCGGUUUCGAACCAACCGGUAUGGAACGCUGGUCCACCACCGAUCGAUACGCAAGCCUAUCUUCUCAACUUGCUACAUCGUCCGAAGCCUUCGCAGAACGACCAGCCGCCCGCGAACGAGGGGUCUCAACCCUCCUUGACGCCCCAGUCGGCCGGCGGUUCCGUCGGAGAUCGCCACAAGGAGUUUACUCCUUCGAAGCAGUUCAACCCCGACAGCACUUCACUCGACACAACGCCCCUGCCAUUUAAAUUUGGCACGGCCGACCAUAUCGAGUCUCCCUCAGCCAAAUUUGACUUCCAUUCGCCCGUCUCCCAAGCUUCACAGCACGACGGUAGCCGCAAGUCUUCUAAGCAUGACUAUCACACCAAUCGCGACGAGGUUAGUACGGCGUCGCCUCUCAACGGUGCGUCCAAGGCUUCGACCCCCGGCGCCACUAUUGCUGCGGCCCAAGCGCCUCCUGCUUUCAAGAUCGCCAAGAGGACUCCUAGCGCCACAUCUUCGCCGGGACUUUCUCAAGACCAUAGGCGACUCAGCAGCCAGCGAAGCCCCAUCGCAAGCCCGGAGAAUGCUCGGCAGAAGUUCGAUCCGUCUCCCCUCUCCGCCGAGCAGGGUACCGAUAUUCCCGGCACGACACAGGAGGCUACUGUCGAGGUAGUAGGGAAUGCGGAGGCGACACCGGAAGGUGCCGCCGGCAUCGCUACCCAGACAAACAGCAACGGGGCACAAGCUGGAUUGCAGGGCUCGGGGCGUGAAGAGGUACGAGCCACGCUUAGCGCCCAACUGAGGCGUAUGAUGAGAGCCGAAACUGACGCUGAAUUCCAGGGAUUGGCCGAGGCUGCGGCAAAGGGGAUCCGGAAGGAACUCGGCAAGCAGCAGAAUGCGGGUGUCCUCGAAGACCGACACUCCCCUGUUGUCACACAAGCAAUUCGCGAUAUCGUCGAUGACGCCGCCCACGGACCAGUUGCCGACAGCUGGGAGAGUGCUGAGGCUGAAGCCGACGAGAUUGUUGUCAUCGAAGACACGCCAAACCCUGUCCGGGUCUACAACUUCCCCAUGAAGCCGUGGAUCUCCAUCGCGAUGCAGGCCACAAAUGAACCACGCCCACAGUUCCGUGAUGAGGUGAACCUUGACAUCGCUCGGUUGAAGAAGGAAUUCGACCAGAUCGAUCGCAACUUGGUCGCCGCCACCGACACGUACAUGGCUUACGGCAUGUCCAAGGCAGGCGGAAUUCGCGUCAUACGGCAGGACGACGGUAAGGACGCGAAGCUGUUCACUGACACGAAGGACCGAAUUUUCAAUGUCGCCAUGUCCUCGACACCCCCUGAUCUCAACACGACGCCGAAGGAAACCAUUAUAGGCACGGGUGUUAGUGGGACCGUAUAUUAUGUGCAGAUCAAGAACGGUGAUAAAGACCACCUGGAAGAUGACCACCUUGAGCAAUAUGGAUUUGCCCUCCCGCCAAUUAGUACGCAAGAAGGGGACACUCCCGGUGGUGUCUUGAAGACGCGGGCCAGAACCUCUUCGACGCACCCAGAUUUUUUCGCCGUCGGCCGUGGGAAGACGAUCAGUAUAAUUUGGCCGGCCUACAUCAUGCAGAACAACAUUUUUAAGCGCGGUCACGAUCGUGUGGUCGACACCGAGAGGCUUUCCAAGGAAUGCCCCCUCCGAAUCAACACGGGCAAGGCAGGCAAGGACUUCACCUUCAGCCAAGACGACACUACUAUCGUCUCUCUCGAUAAGUCGGGCCGCGUCAAGUUCUGGGACGUCCGAGAAUUGACGGCGGCCGACGAGAAUUCCGACCCUCGAUCUCCUUUGCCCGCUCACACGUCGUUGGAGGUCAAGGAGCCGCUGAUGACCUUGAACACUACGCCCGAAGGCGAGAAGGCCUGGCCAACGUCUGUGCUACUGCUGGAUAAGCAACGGCCGUACCAGAAACGCUGUGCUGCCCUACGCUACAUGAUCGUGGGUAUGAAACAAAACCACACGCUCCAGCUUUGGGAUCUCGCCCUUGGCAAACCCGUCCAGGAGUUCAACCUGCCGCAUAGCAGGGAGUCGGACGCGGUAUGCAGUGUCAUGUAUCAUCCCCCGUCGGGCAUGAUCGUGGUUGGCCAUCCCACACGCAAUUCCAUCUACUUCCUGCAUCUGUCAGCACCCAAGUAUACGAUUAAGGGCCUGUCUCAAGUGGACUACAUUCAGAAGCUGGCGGCCAAGGACGCCUCGAUUCCGCGGCCCGAGGCCACCGCCGUUAUCAGCGGUGUACGCGAAUAUUCUUUCUCUAAAGGUGUACUCCGGAGCCUGGACAUCUUGGCAAACCCUGCCAGCGCUUCGGAUAGCGACGAACCGACGCUCUUCGAGCUCUAUGCGAUGCAUUCGAAGGGCGUCACAGGGAUCAUUGUGAAGCAGAGUGAGGUUGGGUGGAACAAGGAUAAUAAGGUUAUCGAUGGCGUCGACGCCGCCGAGGUCGGCCUCGUCAAAAUCACGCAGCUAAAGGAAUUGCCUAACGCUCUGGUUUCCGAACCCCAGCCUGCGGAAGAACCCGUGCCUCUCCCUCCUCGAGCGCGGCCUUCGAAAGAGGUACCGCAAUCGUCCCUUACCUCCCCGCAAGAACAGCCGAAGAAGGGUGGUGACAGCGCACCUGCCGCUGGACCAUCUGAACGAAAGGAGGCCGAUCUCCCCGUACCUCCAGUUACUCAGCCGGAUAAGACCGAGAAGAAGCCUAGGAAGAAGCGUGAUAAGGCCGCCGCUGCUGCUGAGAGGCUUGCCGGGGAACACGGACAGUCUAACGGCAACCCCCAGUCGUCAGGCUCAUCCAAGCAUGGAGAGGCGACGUCAUCAGCGUCUUCUGCACAUUCCACGAUGUCACAGGAAUCCAUUCAGACAGCUAUUCGACAGAUCUCAACCGGCCUAAACGAGAAGCUGAGCGCGAUUAUUCAGACCGAGUUCAAGGACCACAGGGACAAGGUCGAAGCUGAGUUUCACGUCCGCGACGACAUGUUUGUCAAGAGCCAGAAGGACCUACUCGACAUAGUCUCCAAUGUCUUGGACCAGAACAUUCAGGCGGUGCUCACCAAGACCAUUAGCGACCAAUUUGACGACACCGUGGUUCCGGCGCUGAGUGAUGUGGUCACGAAAACCAUCUCAGAGCAAAUUGAUGGCAAGAUGGUCGGUAGAGUUUCGCACUCGAUCCAAAACCAGGUGCAAAAGCUGCUCCCGAACACCGUCAUGCAGGCCUUGCAGAAAUUGGAUCUGACCAAGACCAUCUCGGACAAAAUCACGAGCAGCAUCGCGUUGGACAUAGAAGAGAACGUCAGACAGACCCUAAUAUCCAACAUCACACCAAUGUUCACCGAAAUGACCGUCGCGGCCUCUCGGUCAAUCAGCCAAGAAGUCCAAGACAGGACCGCCGAGCAGAUCGCUGAGCUGGAGCAGCGACAUAUCGCGGACGCUAAGAAAAUCGACCAACUCACAUCGCUCGUGACCGGACUUUCUGAUACGAUUAGCGCCAUGGCGAAUGCUCAGUUGCAGUUCCAGGAUGGGCUUAUCAAGAUCCAGCAGCAACUCUCUGCCCGUGACCGCGGUACCGCCACUCAAUCUCACACCGUGCCGGCCCAAGCGGCACAGUCGCACCACAGCCAGGCCCUGCAGACGCAAGGGUCGUACUCGUACGGAAGCCCUACCGGGGCCUCUUCCAAUCAAUUGGUCUCGUACCGAACGAACAGCUCUGGCACCAGAGACCCUGAGCUACAACAUAUGAUGGCAAAUAUCGCCUCGUUUAUGGAGAGAGGUGAAUACGAGACUGGCCUAGUCCGAUGGAUCCAGCUCGACCGCAAGCACGAGGUAUUCGACGAGUAUCUUGUCAAGUCAAACCCCCAGUUCCUCUCGGAGUUGCCGGCCUUAGUCUCGCUCUCCGUCGCAUCCGUAAUCUCGGAACAGCUUGAGGGCCCCCUCCUUCGGGAGAAGGUGAACUGGGUGGAAGUGGUACUCCAUACGCUACACGCGUCGCUACCACAUACUGUUAGUCACCCGCCCCCGCCAGCAAAUGUAUCUUCUAAACGCGAUUCUUUACAGGACCCCCAGGUCCGCGACGUGAUCCCAAGUCUCAUGAGCUCGUUCAUCGAUCGACUGGAGAAGCUCUUCGUCCGAAUCCGCGCCGUAUCGCCGGCCGAUCCUAUUCUCCCACGCCUGUCUUCGAUGACAAACAUGGCGAUCCGACUCAGAGACGCCGUGCGCCACCCUACUUACUAGGUAAUCCACAAACCAUGGGGACACUCGGCUUUCUCUCAGACCAGCAAGCCGAAUCCGCGAAAGGCGGGUCGCAUUUCGACCAUUAACCACCUCUUACGAACUAAC